GUUCAAAAGGCAGACCCUAAAAAAUUAGAAAGAAAAUGAAUUGAUGGUAUAAAUAUAUAAACCAUUUAAAAUUUUAAAACUGAAUGAGACGACAAAUCUGAACAAAUGUUGUUUCAUUCCGUCAAUGAAUUCUUCCACCAUUGUUUUCGAACGAAAAAUCUCAGUGCCAUACAAAAAUUUCAUGCCCAUUUACUUCGAACAGGCUUAUUCUUCAUCUCCCCUAAUCUUCAGACCAGUCUCAUAUUUACAUAUACAUGUCUGAACAAAAACAACCUCAGAUCCUUAACUAACUUCUUGAAAUGCCUCAACCCCAGAAAUCCAUUACAAUUUAAUUCAAUUAUAUCUCAUUUUUCUCAACAGGGGUCUCACUUUUUAGCCCUCAAAAUCCUGUCUUUCAUGCAUUUUAAUGGCGUUUAUGUAGAUUCUUAUGCUUUGUGUAGUUCUUUAACGUCAUUAUCUUGUGUGAAAAAUGUUUGCAUUGGAAAAAUGAUGCACGCCCAUGUACAAAAAUCAGGCUGGUUGUCUAGCGUAUUUGUGGGUAGUGCGUUGGUCGAUUUUUAUGCAAAAAUGUGUGUAAAUGAUGCAGCAAUGGUGUUUGACGAAAUGCCUAGUAAGAAUACCGUGUGUAUUAAUGCGCUUUUGUCAGGUUAUGCUGAAUCUAAAAUUUGGGAUGAAGUAAUCCAACUAAUUAGGAGAAUCGAAGGGUUGAAUUUUGAUGUUGACAAUUUUACAAUGACGGCUGCAUUACGUGCAUGUGCUGGACUAUGUGAAGUAGAGUUGGGUAGGCAGAUUCAUGCUACUGUACUUCGUAAAUUUGAUUUGGGAGCUGAUGUGUUUCUGCAGAGUUUAUUGAUUGAAAUGUAUGGGAAGUGUGGACUGGUGGAGAGGGCAAGGCAAGUUUUUGAUAUGGUAGGAUUUCGAGUAAAUGGUGAGAGAAAAAGAGAUGUUGUUUUGUGGACUUCGAUGCUUGGCAUUUACGGUAGAAAUGGGAAUUAUGUGGAAGUGAUUAGGCUGUUUGGCAACAUGUUGAAGGAAGGGAUCAGACCUGAUGGAGUGGCAUUUUUGACUGUCAUCUCAGCUUGUAGUCACACUGGCCAAGUGGAAGUUGGGAUGGAGUACUUCGAGUCCAUGUCCCUAUAUGGAUUGUUUCCAAGCUCGGAGCACUAUAGCUGUUUGGUUGACUUGCUUUGCCGUGCUGGAGAGCUGGAGAAGGUCUGGGAGUUGAUCGCUGAAAUGCCACACAGUGAGGAAGGCAACUGCACCAUUUCCAUGUGGGGAACGUUACUUAGCGCGUGCAAUGAGCAUGGAAAUGUUGAUUUGGGUAUGUUAGCUGCUCAACGGGCACUUGAGUUGGAGCCUCAGAAUGUUGGAAUAUACGUUCUACUGUCAAAUAUGUUUGCUAGGAAUGGUAUGUGGGAUGAAAUUGGGCAAUUGAGAGAAUUGAUGAAAAUGAGAGGAUUAAAGAAGGAUAUUGGAUGGAGUUCGAUUGGCGUUGCAAAUUGAGCUGGAGGGAAAAUCACUAAACUGAAAAUCAUUCCAUUAAUCUAUGAGAACAUACUCCUGCUACAUUCAAUUUCAUGGUUAAUUGGAAGAACUUCUCAAGGACAACUACAAAAUGAGGUACAAUUAGGCUUAUGGGUAAGAGGAAUAAUCGGAUUGAUUUGCAUGAUAAGAUUACAUGAGUUGUCAGGUGUUAGUAUUGGUGUUGUUUUCUGGGCGUAUGUAAUGCUGUAAAGGCUAUGGGGGUACAUGUAUUAAAUCGGUUAAAACAAAAGGAGAGGCAGAAAUGCUGGAUGUAGCCGCAGCACAGCAUCCGGCAUUCAGUCUAUAGUUUUUGCAGACGAUUUUCUGAGCCUUGAACACAAGGAUACAACUUUUCUUGAAUGGAGUGAUACUAGUGCUAUUUCCGUUGAUGCUCAUUCAAUAAUGCCAAGUGCGUUCUUUAUGCCACUACCCAGCGUUGCAUACAUAUGGAAAGAAGGGCGAGUGCCAUUUUUACCGACUGACUAGGCAAAUAAUAGGACUCCUCCUAACCAAGCCGAGCCAAAAAGAUCAAUAAUCUUAUUGCAAUGCCAAGCUAACCAAAAUUGUAAGUUAUACUCCUAUGCAUGUUUUUUAGGAUUAAUCCAGUCUUUUCUGGGAGAAGAUGUAGCCUAUUUCUUAAAUAGAAGUUAUGCAUUCUUGCAGUAUUUUUUUU